AUGUCUGGGGCGGAAAGAAGCAGCAGCAGAGGUGUUUUGGGUUGGGUUCGGCAGAGCAGCGUCAAAAGGUUUGGAUCAAGGGAAGUUAGCGGAACUCCGAGAGAGGAUCGCCGUGCGGAGAACGGCAUUGUCUGUACAUCUCAGCCAGCAGCAGACAACGACGCAUAUACCGCAGCCCCCAGCAAAAGAGAUCAUUCACUCGCAGCGAUGUUUAGAUCGGUCUCCAGCAGAGCCCAACUCAAAGAUGAAAUCCGCGAAAAUGCACACGACGACGAGACAGCCGCAGGCAUGCGACGGGCCCACACAGCACAGUCCCUGAAUAUGGCAGGCGAGGAAUUGCCCCAAUUAAAAGAUGCGAACAGUGCGGAGAAAGAGACACAGGGGGGGAAAUCAAAAAGGAUCGGGAGCUCCACGGGACUCAGCCGUAUUGGCAGCUUCUUAACGAGGAGUUUCAGCAGACACCGAAGCCGCAGCAGCCGCCAUUCAAAAAAACAAGACGAGAGGGUUCGGCCUGCUGAAGGAGAGGCUGCCGAAGUACCCAAUUUUUCUGCUGCUGACUGGCUGGGAAAAUUUGAACGAGAAGGAGGUGGAGCUGCUUCAGGUGUCAUGUCGCUUUGUGGGGGAGCCUUGGAAGCAGUAGCCACUCAUUUGGAUGAGUUAGAAAAGAACAUACGAAGCAUACAGCAGAGCGAGCAGCACCAGCAACAACAAAGGCAGCAGCAGCAACAACAACAGCAGAAACAACGGCAGCAAGAAGACUCAGCCGAUGCUGCCCAGGGAGUAGCUGAAAUGCUUGCAGCAGCAAGGCAGAAGAUGGAUGAAGAAGAUGAAAGGGUCUUCAGCCAAAUGAAGUACCACGGUGAACAACUCGUUAUCGGGGAACUGCAGCAAAUGAUAGCCACAGUCAAGAAUAUCAUGCUUGGGAUUAAAUAUGCCGCGUAUUCAGACACCGCAGUUCAACAUGAUCUGCAGGGAGAAGAAAAACAGAUGCAGGCCUGGCAGGAGCCACGCGGCGCCCUACGCCAAAACCGAAACUGUCUAGAGGCCCUUUAUGCACGGGUUCGUUCAACAAGGGAUGAAGUGCUUCUGAACUACCACGAGGAGUGUAUUCGUCUGAAUCAAAAUGUACAGCUUCUGAUGGACCGCAUAACAACUACUGUCGCGGAGGUCUUUGCAGAGUUUGAAACACUGCCAUCUCUGGAAACGCUUUACGGGAAGCAUGAGAUCAACAACCUGGAGCAGAAACGCAUGCGUCUAGGGGCUGAGCUGCGCUCUAAAGGCAACAGCAGUUGGGCCGCGAAUCAUCAGCUGGCGUUUGGCCGCCUGCCGCCCUUCAUAGCGCGUCUACAACUGUAUGCACUGAAUUUGCCGUCUUUCUCAGAGAAGAGGUAUGAGCAGGAGAGUGUUCAAAAGGACGCGGAGGCUUCAAAUGGCCCUUCAGGUGUAAAGACAUCUCAACUAUUCACUCCCGUAACUCUGCAACAGUGCCUCCCGCGAAAAAGUUGCGUCAAUACGGUGCCUCCUGGCCUGGCUCUUGUGGCAACUGAGGCGGAAAUCAAACGGUACGAAUCUCAACUGUGGGGGGAAGAGCCCUCUGGCACCCCGGGAGAGGGUGGUUUCGGCAGCUUUCGCGUAUUUGAACAAUGGCUUGUAGACGCGAUGAAGUGGCAAUGGAGGGAUGCCUUUAUGUACUCCAAGUUGCAUGCACGACAUGGGUCGUUGCAGGAGAUGAUCAAGGAGAAGCAACGUGACAUUCAAGAGGCCGUCCGCUUGCGACUCAAACAAUUAUGGUGGGGAAGGACAGUCGAAAUGCAGGCUUUUUAUGUAACGCAUGCUGCUACAGCGUUUAUGCGAGACUUGCAGGGGGUUGAAGGGCUGCAUGCAGUCGCUGCGGAGGAGGGAAAGAAGAAAGAGGAAGUGGAGGGGGGGUUUGAAGGGGCCGGGGCGGUUGUUGAAACGCUUCGCCUCAGGAGUGGCCGGGAGGCCGAAAUCGCGUUGAUGCAUGCGGAAGACAUGAGGGCGUCUGUCUUGCGCGUCGUUGGAAACCCGGCAUACAGACAUUUCAGUCGAACACUGGAGGAGUUCAACGCCCGGCCGUCUGAUGCAACAGCGCACAUCCGUUUGCUGAAACACCAAAUGGAAAGAGCUGGAAAAAUCACGAGGCGAUUUGAGGAUGCCAUGGAGGGAAAGGAUGGCUACGAAACCCUAGAAAGGGAGUGCUGUCAGUUAGAGGCGGCCUUGGCGCUUCUGGAAGAGGAGGCUAAAACUCUUGAACAUAAACUCUCUUUUAGACAGACCCAACUUAGUGCGAAGCGACAAGGUCUCACGCACUCCCUCGAGCAGCUUUCCGCGGCCUUCGACUCAGACAACAAAAAAUUAGCAGCCAUUGAAGCGCAGUGGGACUCAGCCGAAAAUAUCGGUCAGCUACUUCAUGAUUUGCUGCCGACAGCAGACGAGAUAGCGGCAUGCAAGCACAAACUUGCAGAGGAGAAGAAGCAACUGGAGACGGAAAAAGAGGAAAUUAAGGCAGAACGACAGCGGCUACAGGCAAUGCGUGAAGUGUAUGAGAAGACGAAACAAUCAGCUAAUACGAAAGGCUCCCCUGCUUCUGGUCAUCUUCUACCUCAGACACGUGCUGACCUUAACAUACCCCAAAACCCAACUUCUCCCCUAGCAGAAGUGCAGGAAACAGACACGCGAGUCUCUAGGACCCCCUCAAAGUCUUUUGUCGGCCGCCUCUUCGGCGUGUCUUCUCGUCCCUCCACUCCCAGAAGGCCAAAGGGAGCAGCUCACGGUGCAGCCGCUGCAGCAGCAGAAACGCUGCAGCACUCCGCAACACGACGACGGGGUUCUGUUGACGGUCUGCCUGAACAGGAGGAUCUGCUUGCUUUAAAGCACGGUCAUUCCUCCCCAGGGCUUCUCGAUAAGCUCCCUUUGCGUGCGUCCAAAGAAGGCAGCAGCGGCGAACGUCUGGCGCUUGCUACCUCGCAGCAAACCAACGCAGAACAAAGUACGCACGACUUGCCUGGGCUCCCAUUGCAUGCGCUUUCUUCCCCUUCCUCGUUGACAUUGGAGAGAGACGAACGCCAGACCCCUUCAACUCCCUCUUUGGCUGUCGCAGCCUCUCCAGCGAAGGAAGCAGAGCCGCACUACACCACUGAAACACAAAAUGCAGAGGACGAAAAAUUACGUGAAUUCUCAAGGGAGGAUGCAGAGACGCCGAAGCGGAGGAAAUCGAAGAAUGCAGCGGGGGCCGGGGCGUCUCGCAGAGGCAGCCGGAAGAAGAAGAGUAUGUACAGCAAGCUAAGGAGUGCUUUUUCUUUGUCCCACAGCAGCAAGAAAGGGAGCAAGAACGCUGAACCUGCACAGCCACUACUAGAACCUGUGAGCAAAGCAGGGGAACCGGAGGCAGCCUCAGAAGCACAAGAAGUUCAUUGGGUGCAAGUGGGCAGUCAGAGUUCUGUCUUAGCCACCAUUCCGAAUAUCUUUGAAAGCGAUAGUGAAGGGCAAAAAGGCUUCGAACCCUCCGCCUCUCCGGGCACCGCCAGCGCAGCGUAUUCAAUGAUGGUCUGCGCAUCCAGCAGGUCCGAAGGCAGCAGCAUCAUCAGCAACUGCAGCAGCCAACCCGCUUCUCCAGGUGCGAUGCAGCAGCAGGAGUCAGCAGCAGGAACAGAAUCCCCAGGGCGUCUCAGCAGAACCGCCACUCACCUUACCUUGACAGCGGUUGGUAGGGGAGUAGGCGGAGAGGCCUCGCCUGCAUUUUCUCUUGCAGAGUCCUUCCGCCGGGCGUCUCCAGACCAUCGGGCAGAGGAGGGAACAAAGAAAAGAGAGGGGCUUCAAAGCUCAUCUUCGCUUUCUAAACAUGUUCCUCCUCUUUCAACAGAAAUGGAGGCGAACAAAUUCCCCUCUGACUCGUCCGAGCAGAAGGAACACUCGCCUCAGUUCGGCAAUACGGAUUCAAAUUCCAACGAAGACGAACUUGAAGAAGUGGAAAUGUUGAUGAGAUCAACUGCAUCAGAUGGUGACAGACACAAAGCAAUGGAAUAUCAGGCAGAACAUGUUACAGCCACCCGGGCUGCAGCGGGCCCUCUCGUGCCUUUCCCUUCUUUGUCUGUUGGCUCCCCUUCUGAUUUCCGGUCGGGAGUUGAGAGUUUGACGAUCGCCUCGGCAGAUCCAUCGUUUCAAGCAGAAGAAGCAGCAGAAGCAGGAGCAGCAGCAACAGUUUCUUCUAAGCGCCGCAGCAGCGACACCGUAAUCGCCUCGUCUGUCCACUACCCGGCAGGGGCUUCGCGUAAGUACGGCAGGAAGUCUGGCAGCAGGGCUGCUGCUUUCGAAAGGGUGUUUGCUGCUGCUGAGUUUAGGAGGCCUUCCACUGCAGGAAUCAUAGAUGAAGACGACCGCAUUGAGCUCUUUCUCUCCAACGGCCAACCCGACCUGACUGCUGCUGUCAUGAGCAGCAGUAUCUUUGCUCUUCUGGAGCCAGAAGAACGGCAACACUGCGCGCAUUUGAUGGUGAACAGCUUCGUGCAGAUACCCAAGGGCUGCAUGUUGGUGCAGCGAGGCGAAAAGGUGGACACUUUGUACUUUCUAGUGUCUGGCGAGCUCGGUAUGACAGGACCCAAUGCGGUAGAAAACAGAACAGAACACCAAACAAGCUCCGAAGCUGCACUGACACCUCCAGCAUACUCCAGUGCACGCCGGCGCAGUAGCUAUGAUGCGGAAGUUCCUCAAAACAAGUUUCCAGUCAAAAUCAGACCCGGAGCCUUCGUCUUGCCUCGAGGAUUUGUUAGAGAAGCGCAAACCAACCACUCCAUCAUGGCUCUGAGGCCCUGCACGCUGCAGAAACUCAGCUUCCACUCGUUUCAGCAAAUCAUCAGUGGCUGCGCACGUGCGGUUCGUUUCGUGGAGCGCCAGGGUAAUCCUGACGUCGUAGACGAAUUUGGCCCUGGCGACAACAUCAACGCGCUGGCCCUGCUGCAUGAUACGCCUUCUGAUGUUUCGAUUGUUGCUGCUGCUCCUGGCGGUUGCGUCGUUGCAGUACUGGAACGAAGUGAGCUGCAGGAAUCCCUUGGAGAUGCCGAGGUGAUCCUCAGCAGGCGAUUUGGAAACGGCGGUGAAAUGCAGGGAGGCAGAACGUCAGGGCUGAAUCAGCUGAAGAAACAGUUUUCCUCUCUUUGGAGUCGUCGUGGUUCUGGCUAG